GACCGACUCUGAGUCCAGCCAGCAGUGACUGACUCCCCGGAGCUCAACGCGAUGCUGAAAUCGAUGAUAUUGUGUCUCUGUGUGGGUUUAGCAGUGGGCAGUUCAGUUCACCGAGGCGCGCAUCUGGACAUCAGCGAUACCCUGGAGGAGCAUGUGGCUCACGGACAAACCACUUUAAACGAGAUGUUCAGAGAGGUGGAGAAACUGAUGGAGGACACACAGCACAAGCUCGAGGAGGCUGUGCAUCAGAUGGAGAACGAGACUACAAACUCACUGUUAAAUGGACGCGACUUUCCAGACAACUUUCACGAUGAAACUACGACAGAAAUUAAGUUGGGGAAUCGAACCAUUCAGCUGAUAGAGAGAAUCAACAAGAAAACGGACAAUAAAACCGGGAAGACUCAUUUUUCCAGAACUCUCAUUCAGAACACUGAACGGUGGAAUGAAGUAGAUCAUGAGUGUAUGAUUGAUGAAGACUGCGGAGAUGGAAGUUUCUGUCUGUAUGAGAUUGUCACCUCCAAAUGUGUCCCGUGCCAGACAACUAAUAUGGAGUGCACAAAGGAUGUGGAGUGUUGUGGAGAUCAGCUGUGUGUUUGGGGUGUUUGUGCUCAGAACAAAACCAAAGGACAGUCGGGAACAAUCUGCCAGAACCAGAAUGACUGCAGUCCUCAGCACUGCUGCGCCUUCCACAAGGCCCUGCUGUUCCCCGUGUGUCGGCCCAAACCGCAGGAAGGUCAGGGCUGUGAGCGUGAGGGGAAUCAGCUGAUGGAGGUGCUGCUGUGGGAGGAUGAGGGUCCGCGCGAGCACUGCCCCUGUGCUGCGGGUCUGCUCUGCCAACAGAUACAGAAAUCAUCAGUGUGUGUGGAUGAGAGACAUGCCUCCGGUGAAGGAAAUGAGGACUGAUCACAGAAUCUGCUUUUGUGUAUAAUUGCAGCACCAAAGUACCUAAACGACUUUCCUAAUUCAGCUGGAGAAGCUCUAAUUUAUAUCUUGUUGGAAUUGUGUCAUUUGUACGCCACUACUGACAUCAAAGAGUGUUUUUAAAAAGUGUAAUUUUAGAUAAAUAAUGACAAUGUGCUGAAUAUCUGGACAUUAAACCACUUCAUAAUUAAUAUGA